AUGUCAAAAAAUCAACUUUUAAUAAAUCAACUUUUAACAAAAAUCGAUCAAUUAACUGUAUCUCUUGAGGAACAAAAACAAGAAAAUAAAUUCAUAAAAGAAACUCAUAUUAAUGAAAUUG